GGGUGGAACCUCGGGGUGGGGGAGCAAAGUCCAAGAACUGAGUGGGGGGAGAAGGGGAGAAGAAAGUCACCCCCAAGCAGCCCCCCCACAUCAGCUCAUGGGGAGGUGCCCUGUGUGGGGCUGAUGAUCCCUCUGCAGUUCCUCCCAAGCCAAGACAAGCUUCUUUGCAAAAGGAGGAGGCUUUGAGGAGACAGAAGCCAGUUUUCCAGCUGCUUGCCAUCAAUAGCUUUGCGGGACCCUAACGGGAAAGAGAGACAGUGGUCCGAGGAGGAGGAGGAGGAGGAAAGGGGGAGAAGCAGAUCUGGCUGGAAUAUUGGGAGAGGAAAGAGGGGUGGGGGAGAGAAGGCUGUUGUUGGCAGUGGGGGCCACACAGCCAGCCUUUUGGGGGAGGAGGCUCUGCAUUGGUCUGUGACAUGCAAAGGAAUGAACCGCCUUCCAUCCUGCAGGGGCCCUUUAGGUUUGGCUUGUUUCCUAUAAAGGGAAGGUUCUGUCAGGAGCUCGGAUAAUCCCCUUUCCUUAAUGAAAUGCCUCCAUGACGUGGAGGUGUCCUACGUCAAGCACAGAAACACGUUUUUGCUUUGCAGUACUCAGUGGCUUCAUCCAUUACAGAAGUUCCUGCUGCAAGGAGCAGUCUGUGGAUAAAACAACUUUCGCCUUCUUGGAGGCUGCCUUUGGAGCAAGGAAUUGGAGAUGGCAAUGCAAGACUCAGGUGGCCCAGAGACCAUCAAGGCUGGGAGCAGUGAGGAAUUCUGGGAAAGGAGUCUGCUGGAAAUCCUGCAUGAGGACACGCUCCCUUCAGAUGUCCAGCGCCAGCGCUUCAGGCAAUUCUGCUACCAGGAGGUUGAGGGGCCCCGACAGGUUUGCAGCCGACUCCACCACCUUUGCCGUCAGUGGCUCAGACCAGAGCAGCACACAAAACACCGGAUCAUGGACCUUGUGAUCCUAGAGCAGUUUCUGACCAUCCUGCCCCCGGAGAUGGAGAGCUGGGUGAGGGAAUGUGGAGCAGAGACCAGUUCGCAGGCAGUGGCCCUGGCAGAAGGUUUCCUCCUGAGCCAGGCAGAGGCCAAGAAGCAGGGAGAGCAGCAGGAGCAGUGGCCAUUAGCAGAAGCAAACCCCAAUGUUUCUGAGGAAGAAAAGACUCUAUCAGAGGACAGAACGAAGCUGCUGCACGGAGGGAGAUCUCAAGAGGCUCAUGCAAAUCCCAACUCACUGGUUCAUGGAAGACCACUGGAGGUGUUGACAAGAUCAUGGCUCCCCUGUGUGGAUGGAGAAGCAGCUUCUACCCAACCAGAUCAGGAUGCUGUGUCCUUUGAGGAGGUGGCUGUGCAUUUCACGGAGGAGGAGUGGGCUCUGCUGGAUGCAGACGAGAGAGCCCUGCACAGAGCAGUCAUGGAGGAGAAUAGGCAGAAUGUGGCCUCUCUGGCAGGUGAUGGGUGGAAAAUCAAGACUGAAGGAGAAGCAUGCGGGUCACUAGUAGAAAGAGCAAGAUGUAAAAAGAAAGGACAACAGAGAAAAGCAACAAAAGAAAGCCAUGAAAGGAAGAAUGAAUCUCCUCCUGUUCAUGCUGGUGACUGCCAAGAAACACCAAUCCCAGAAGAAAUAGAGAAAGGAAAGCAAAAGGGGCAGACCCUCUCAUGUGAAAAAAGCAUUGGUUAUAAAUUCUGGCAAAAAUGUCACUGGGGAAUGAGGAGAAGGGAGGAGAAACCAUUUAAGUGCUUGGUGUGUAGGAAGAGCUUCAGUCUGAACUCACAUCUAAGAGAACACGAAGGAAUUCAUACAAGAGAGAAACCAAUUAAAUGCCUAGAGUGUGGAAAGAGCUUCAGUCAGAGCUCAGCUCUUAAGAAGCAUGAAAGAAUUCACACAGGAGAGAAACCAUUUAGAUGCUUGGAGUGUGGAAAGAGCUUCAGUCAGAGGUAUAAUCUUAGGACACAUCAAAGAAUCCACACAGGAGAGAAACCAUUUACAUGCUUGGAGUGUGGAAAGAGCUUCAGUCGGAAAUCAGGUCUGAGGAGCCAUCAAAUAAUCCACACAGAAAAGAAACCAUUUAGAUGCUUGGAGUGUGGAAUGAGCUUCAAUAAGAGCUCAAAUCUUAGACAACAUAAAAAAAUCCACAAAGGAGAGAAACCAUUUAGAUGCUUGGAGUGUGGAAAGAGCUUCAGUCGGAGAUCAGGUCUUAGGAGACAUCAAAUAAUUCACACAGAGGAUAAACUAUGUAGAUGCUUGGAGUGUGGAAUGAGCUUCAAUAAGAGCUCAAAUCUUAGGAGACAUAAAAAAAUCCACAAAGGAGAGAAACCAUUUAGAUGCUUGGAGUGUGGAAAGAGCUUCAUUCAGAGCGCAAAUCUUAGAAUACAUCAAAGAAUUCACACAGGAGAGAAACCAUUUAGAUGCUUGGAAUGUGGAAAGAGCUUCAGUCAGGUUUCACAUCUUAGAAUACAUCAAAGAAUUCACACAGGAGAGAAACCAUUUAGAUGCUUGGAAUGUGGAAAGAGCUUCAGUCAGGGUUCACAUCUUAGAAAACAUCAAAGAAUUCACACAGGAGAAAAACCAUUUAGAUGCUUGGAGUGUGGAAAGAGCUUCAAUCAGAGAUCAAGUCUUAGAGAAUGUCAAAGAAUUCACACUGGAGAGAAACCAUUCAAAUGCCUAGAGUGUGGAAAGAGCUUCAAUCAGAACUCACAUCUUAAACAACAUAAAAAAAUUCACACACGAGAGAAACCAUUUUGAUGCUUUCAGUGUGGAAAGAGCUUCAAAAAGAGCUCAAAAUGUUAGGGAAUGUUUUAAAAAUCCACACAAGAGAAACCAUUCAGAUGCUUGGAUUGUGGAAAGAGCUUCAGACAAAGAAGACGUCUUAAGAAACACCAAGAAAUUCACACAGGAGAGAAACCAUGUAAAUGCCUGCCUGGAGUGUGGAAAGAGCUUUAGUCAGAGAUCAGUCCUUGCAAUACACCAAGGAAUUCACAAAGGAGAAAAACGAUACAAAUGCCUAGUGUGGAAAGAGCUUCAAUCCUAACUCUCAUCUUACCCAAGAUGAAAGAAUGCACAGCUGAGAGGAUAUACAUGUUUUUAAUGUAGAUAGAGCUUCCAUGUCCCUUCCUCUUCCCCUUCCCAAAGAUGCAGUAGAGGAGAGUGGAGCAGAGACUUUCUAGCCACCCCUUUCCUCUCCCCCACUUCCGAAAGAAGAAGGGUGGGGACAGAGGAGCUGUGGUGGGCAUCAGUGUUCCUUCUCAUGUUUAGAAUCGGUGAGCGGAAAGAGUUAUGUCCUGGGCAGCAGCAUCAAGUCAGUGUGCGCACAGAACUCUUUCUCACUUACACACAAAUACAUACAUGAGUUACUGACUAUCGCGCAAAAGAAAUGUUUGCAUGUUGGGAAGGAGGCUACAUUUAGAAUGCUUCUUCCUGCCAUUUAGUUUCCAAUGUGCCAAGUAUGUGGGUUCAUCAUACAUUCAUUCAUGUCAGCUGGCAGAAAUGGUUGAUCUCAGCUUUACCAUCCCAGUGAGAUCUAGCCUGUUAAUCUCUAGGCUUGACUACUGCAAUGCGCUCUACCUAGGGUUGACUUUGUACGUCCUAACUGCCCGAUUGCUUUUACCCACAUAUUUUAAACCACAGGAACACGUGAUUUUAUAAAUGAUGUUUUUACUGCUACAAUUGGCAAAGAAUAGUAAUUUAGACAUUCGUUUCUUACUAGAAAUGUAUAAUUCAUUGAUUUCCGUAGCCAAAGAGCAAGUGGCACAAUGGCCACAGCGAUAAAACCCUGUUGGAGUCGCAGGAGGUGAUGGAGUAACACAUAUAUCAGCUUCAACAAGAUGGUCUCUGAUAUUUUUUUGUUCUCCUGAAAGUAAAAAUUGGUGGUAGCGAACAUCUCAGAAUAUCUUUAACAAUACGCCAUUCCUGGCAAAUAAUGUUUUUAAUCGUAAAACUCAGGGGUGAAAAAUCUGAGGACCAUAUAAGGCGGUUCGGGGUUUUUUUGCGGUCUCUCUUCCAACAGCUGUCUCCUGCUUUUAUUGCGAGCUUUCUUCUUGGCUGCAACAACCACUUGCCUUGGAUAUCCUCUAUCUAAUAAAUGUUCCAUAAGAA